GUUAGUAUAUCUAUGGUUUGGACAUUAGUGGGAUUUAUGAAGGUUAGUUGGAUUGUAAUAUUUUUAUUUUGAAAAAUGGGUAGAAGAAAAUCUAAAAGGAAGCCGGCCCCUAAAAGGAAAGCUAUAGAACCAUUAGACCAACAAUUCAACUGUCCUUUCUGUAAUCACGAAAAAUCAUGUGACGUAAAAAUGGAUAAAGGUCGAAAUACAGCAAGGAUAACAUGCAGAGUGUGUUUGGAGGAUUUCCAAACAACAAUAAAUUUUUUAUCAGACCCUGUAGAUGUUUAUAAUGAUUGGAUAGAUGCUUGUGAACAAGCUAAUUAAAUCUAUUCACCCCGUCUCAAAUGUGGGCAGAAUAGGAGAUGCACAUCAAUUUCAUCAUUGAAUAAAAGUGCACAUUAUAUGAUGUAUGAAGUAGAAUAUUUGUGAACAUUUCCAGAAAUGUGAUCAAUUGUUGAAUGUCACUGAAUGACUUUUUGUUGUGACUAUCUGUAAAAGAGUUCUGUAUGGUGUUUUAUUCAUUUGUAGUGGGCUUAUUGCAUCAUCUACCUGAUAUAUUGAUGAAAUUUUAUUUUUAUGUAAUUGAAAAAUGACUUAUUUGAUGAAAAAAACAAUGCAAAUUUUAUACUUUAUUCAUGAACCAUUCACCCCAAUUCAAAAUCGUGUUUCAGUUAAAUUGAAAAGUACAAAUAUAGAAACAAAAAAUAUUUGAAAAGAACAUCUCAAGAACAAGUUCAGUGCAUAUUUUGGUUGGAUGGUUUCAGAGACAACCUCUCUUGUCUCUGGAUGGUUUUCAUAAUCCUGUUUUUUUCCUUCUGCAAUAAUCAUUUACAACUAUUAGAUUUUUAAGGAACAACUAUGUUACAGAUUUGUUCUUAAGUAAUUCAUAAGAGAUCUUAGCUAGAACAGAUUGGUUGGAUAUAUGUAUCUCGUAUGUUUACUACUAAUUACAUCCAUUGUGACAAUUGUACUAUAAAUAAAAAUUAUCCUCCAUGGCAAUAAGAGAGAUGGAAUCUUUUGCUAAGCUUUUUCACUGAGCUCUUGCAUCAUAAGUAUACAGGGUGGUUCAUUGGGAAAUGUACCUACAGGAAAGGUAGAUGGAAGACGCCAAGGUAUUUCUAAGAAACCUAUAUUAUAUGGGCCUCUCAGGGUGAUUGGUUCAUUUUUCCCCCUUUUCAAAUAUUUUGAUAAUAUACAGGGUGAGUCUUUGACUCAUACAAAUAUUAUAAAUGAAUUACAGGCCCAUCUCCGUUUUUUAAUAUUUCUAAGAUUUUCGAGAUUGUGUUUGAUAAUAGAAUUCUCAUCUUUU